AUGUCUGUUUCAAUCCUUAACGAAAAUGACAUUUUACAUGAUUUCUCGCUGGAUCGAAUUGUUAUGGAUUCAGCUCCAUUAAGAAACCAACGUGAAUUCCCGAAUAGUACCUAUCUCAAUAGAGACCAAUUUCGUCAGUUCAUUUUAAUUCCUUCUAUUGACAAAGCUAGAGCUCCACGCAUCGCUAAAUGUAUAACCAUCAUCGCAUUUCUUGACCACCAAUGUAUGCUUAGUCAUAUCAUUUACAUAAAAAAAAACAACAAUUCUGAAGCCAUGAGUACUCUCCAUUGCCUUGCAAUCACUAAAUUUCAAGAAAGGCAAAAGAUGAUUCUUGACCAAACCAGAGGUCACCGAGAGCCUACGAGCAUAACCAAUGUCAGCACUUGUGAGCUCCUUCCUGAUUUUCUAUGGAUCUUCAUGCAACUUCAAUUGCGUGGGAACACCAAGUUUCCUCUCCUCUUCAAAUAUUCAGGGCUGUGCUCCCUCAUCCUCGCAAGAUUUAAAGCCACCCUUUCUUCUUAUAACUUUGCCUGUGACAUGUUGUUAUCUUUCCAUGAUGGAAUAGAAGUAGAGGAAUUGUGCAAAGCAAAGUCGUCGGUAAGCCAUGUUUCACGACACAACUUUAGAUUUGUUGAAACAUUAUUGAUAUCCGGAGGAUCAGGUACAGAAAUAAUAGCAUUGACAUUGUUAAGAGGAUGA